AUGGACCCGCGGUGCGGCGGCCACUGGGAGAGCUCGUCGGAGGACGUGACGAGGUCGCUGCUGCCCCUGCACGACAUCACGACGGACGGCGGCGCCCACCGCUCCUCCUGCUCGCCGCUCGUCGCGUCGCUGCUCGCCAACAGGUACCUGUCGAUCGCGGCCGGCCCGCUGGCCGCCGCGCUGAUCUGCGCGCUGGUCGAUCUCGGCCCCGGGCACGCCGCGGCGCGGAACAUGCUCGGCGUGCUGGCGUGGGUGUUCAUCUGGUGGAUCACCGACGCCGUGCCGCUCGCCGUCGCGUCCAUGGCGCCGCUCUUCCUCUUCCCCGUCUUCGGCGUCUCCUCCGCCGACGCCGUCGCCAAGGCCUACAUGGACGACGUCAUCUCCCUCGUCCUCGGCAGCUUCAUCCUCGCCCUCGCCAUCGAGCACUACAACAUCCACCGCCGCCUGGCGCUCAACAUCACGGCGCUCUUCUGCGGGGACCCGGUGAAGCCGGCGCUGCUGCUGCUGGGCAUCUGUGGCACCACCAUGUUCAUCAGCAUGUGGAUCCACAACACGCCGUGCACCGUCAUGAUGAUGCCGGUGGCCACGGGUAUCCUGCAGAGGUUCCCCGGCGAGGCGGCCGCCGGCGCCGACGCCCGCGAGUUCAGGCGGUUCUCCAAGGCGGUGGUGCUCGGCGUCGUGUACGCGUCGGCGAUCGGUGGGAUGGCCACGCUCACGGGCACGGGCGCCAACAUCAUCCUGGUGGGGAUGUGGUCCACCUACUUCCCGGAGCAGGAGCCCAUCACCUUCAGCUCCUGGAUGUCCUUCGGCCUCCCCAUGUCGCUCCUGCUCUUCGCGGCGCUCUGGGCCACGCUCUGCCUCAUGUACUGCUCCAACAACACCGGGAGGGCACUCUCCGCUUACCUUGACCGCACCCAUCUCAGGAGGGAGCUCAGCUUGCUUGGUCCAAUGGCUUUUGCAGAGAAGAUGGUUCUUGCCGUUUUCGGGGGCCUGAUUGUUCUUUGGAUGACGAGGAGCCUGACGGACGACAUCCCUGGGUGGUCAGUCCUCUUCCACGGCAAUGUCGGGGACGGAACAGUAACUAUCAUGAUGGCGACGCUGCUCUUCAUAAUCCCCAGCGGCAAGGGCGACGGCGAGAAGCUCAUGGACUGGGCCAAGUGCCGGCGGCUGCAGUGGCACAUCGUCCUGCUCCUCGGCGCCGGCUUCGCCAUCGCCGACGGGUUCAAGGCGAGCGGCCUGACGGACAUCCUUGCCGGGUGGCUGGGCUUCCUGCGGGGCGCGCCGGCGCUGGCCGUCGCGCCCGUGGCGUGCGUCUUCAGCGGCCUCCUCACGGAGUUCACCUCCGACGACGCCACCACCACGCUGGUGCUGCCGCUGCUGGCGGAGCUGGGCAGGAGCAUCGGCGUGCACCCGCUGCUGCUCAUGGUGCCCGGCGCCGUCGGCGCGCAGCUCUCCUACCUGCUGCCCACCGGGUCGCCCGGCAACUCCGUCGGGUUCAGCACCGGCUACGUCACCAUCAAGGACAUGGUGGUCACCGGCAUGCCCAUCAAAAUCGUCGGCGUCGCGGCUCUCACGGUCCUGUUGCCAACGCUUGUGUUGCGGUCUUUGGCAUGGACCAGAAGGUAUAGGAACGUGCUGGAAAUUCAGUUGGAAUUUUUGAACAUCUCAAUCGCUAGACUGCAGGUAGGUUAA